AUGCUACUUGCACUUCCGAACACGUACACCAAAGAGCGGUUGGGAGCAAAGCUUCUCGAGUACAUCUCGGGCGAGGCUGAGGAAGUGUGUGAGAGUGUGCCAUUGGAGAAACUGACAAAGGACGGCGGGCAUGAACUUAUCUUUCAGGCGUUGGAUGAACGCUACCGGGAGCUUGACAAGGAAGCCUUGCAUAAGCAUUUGUCGGAGUACUUCUAUGGCACAGCAAUUCGGUCAGGAGAAACAUUUCGCAAUAUGACAGUGAGGCUGGACACAGCCUACCGCCGACUUCAGGGGCACAAGGUGGAGUUGCCUAGCGAGGUGAGGGGCUGGUUUCUGUUGCGCAAGUUGCAGCUGGAUCAGACAUCAGAAGCUAUGAUUCUUACACACACCAAGGGUUCCCUGAAGUAUGAAGACGUUAACAAAGCCAUCCAGGCGAUCUUUCCAUCAGGGAGUGCCAAGAGCGGUGCCAAGGUCAAGGAAGUCUAUGAGGCCGUGGCGGAGCCCACGGAGCACGGAGCCAUCGAGGAGUCCGAGGAAAGCAUCGACGAGGUUUUCCAGGCAGUGGCGGAUCAAGUGCAAGCCACUGAUGAGUACGAGGACGAAGAUGCUUUGGAUGUGUUCGAGACCUACAAGGAGAUUCGCAAGCGCAUGCAGGAGAAAAAGAUGGGCCGUGGAUAUCGCAAAGGGCCAGGACCAACAUGGGCAUUGACGGGCACAGUGAAAGGGAAGAUUGAGGCUUUGAAGGGUCGUACGCGUUGUCACUUGUGUCAAGAGAAAGGGCAUUGGAAGCGGGAAUGCCCAAAGCGGGCUUCGUCGAGUGCUGCAGGGCAGCGCUCCGGCCGAGCAGGUGCAUCCAAUGACGCAAUGGUGGCAGAUAGCUCUGGCAUAGAUCCCACCGCAUUUGGCGGCGAGUACUUCAUCGAGCCGGAAGACAUCGAGAACUUAGAGAUCUUUCUAGCCGAACGCGACGGUGAGGUCGAUGUGGUGGUUGCCAACCGCGAGGAGGCGAUUGGUGACCAGGGUGAAGUGAGAGGGGACUUUGAGCGUGAUUUGAGGAAGUUUUUCAAGCUCUCCGGACAGAGCGACGACAAGAGCGACAGCGAGGCAUACGUGAGUGAGUGUGCUGGCUUAGCUGAGCAUCGGGUUAGAUUGGUUAAGGAGAGUCACGAGUUCAAGUUUGGCAACGCGGGGUAUGGGAUCAAAGUGAAGCUCAGAGAGACUGAGCGGGGGCACUAUGCGAUUCCACUCUUUGAAGGCUUCAAGGAGGCCAUGUGCAAGAAGGGGUUAGCGCGGCGAGUCCCAAGUGUUGCGAGCUUCAGCGGCAGCAUGAGCUACACCGGCGGAGCGCCGAUGGACAUUCCCAUGGAGGGCUUCACCAGGACUCCAUUGAUCAACGAUCUGCUGGAGGAAGUGGCGACCACCGGGACGGGGGAUCAGAUGUCCGAGAUCCACAGCAAGAUCCUGGACGAGGCACCAGAUCACAGCGACGACGAGCCAGAAGGAAUCGUGCCCGGGGUCGAGGGUCAGCUCGGCAGGCUCAUAUUCAAUGUGGGCAAGUACCAGAAGGCAGGCCAGCUUGUGAAUUUCCGCACGGCGUACGCGACGGACAAGAAGUACGUAGCUUGGAUCAGAAAAUUCAUCAAGAGCAAAACGGAUCCUGUGACGGGCAAGGGCAGCCAUCCUACCAUGGUGCAGUUUCGGCUGUAUGUGGCUUUGAGGGAUCAGCGAAAGGCGGCAAGGAUCCAUGCGACUCAUGGGUUGGAGACGCCUGUGGGAGGUCUGCCAUCGGCUUCUUCGGAUUCUUCGGGAUCAGUGGUGACAGCGGAGGAGCGCCUUGUGUUGCCCAAGGCCCGUGCAAAGCCGAAGGCCAAGCAAUCGGCCACCCGCAGCCAAGGGCCCAUGGUGCAGCCGGCAAUGAUGACAAGGGCAGUGCUGCCACGCCAGGGUGUGCAGAGUCGUCAGAUGGUGCAAGCCGAGGAGGAGGCACUCAGCCACCAGCUCGAGGAGCUGGAGGAGGAGGAUCCGAUAGAUGUUCUGAUGCUUGAAAAGGAUCCUGACGAACAGAUUCUCACGGCAGUAGGCCUCAGCUCCAGUUCUGUGUUUGAAAGUUUGGAGCCGACUGACAUUCGGCAAAGCACCGCCUUGGACAAGGUGUUGGCAAAGAUCAGAGAACUUCGGCCAAGGUUGCUUGUUAUCCGUACGCCUGAUCACAUGACUAGGACCAAGGGUGGAAAGCAUAUGGCGCGCACUUUCCAUGCUAGACAUCGUGCUGCUUUCACGAAGUUCGCUGUGGCAUGUUGCGCUGAACAGUUGUGCGAGGGUCGUCUGUUUUGCAUUGAAGAAGUCAACGACAGCAUGAGCGAGAGAGUGCAACAGUGGAAGAGGUUGAGAGAGGAUGAGAGAGUGAUUCAAGUGGCACGUCAUGAUGAUGACAGCUCGUGGCGUUUGCAUACCAACAGCCAGCAUGUGCGUGAACAGUUUCAGAAGAUGUGGUUGAAUCAGAGAGAGUGGAGAGAUCCAAGGGGGUUUGUCAAGGAUGUGGCCACGAGUAUGCUCCGUGAAAAGCAAGCGGUGAGUGAGGUUCACGUUGCCCAUUGUGUGUAUGCGAUUGAAGACCUGAGGCGAGAGAGUGUGACCAUUCUGAGACGAUGCCAUGAGAACCUCGGACAUCCUUCACCGGCACGCAUGAACAUGUUACUUAAGGCCGCUCACGCUAGCGAGAGGGUUAUGCAGUUGGCUAGGAGCUUAGAGUGUGAGACGUGUUCCGCUUUGAGCAAGCCCAAAUCCCAUAAUGUCACCAAAUUGCGAAGGGCUACGGAGUUCAAUCAGCAGCUGUGUGUUGACACUUUCGAGUUGGAAGUCCGAAACAGCAAGCUCCAUUUUCUGAACAUCGUCGACGAGGCCACCGGCUAUCAGUUGUGCAUUCCCCUUUGGAAAGGCAUGCAAGCUCGAGUUGUGCGCAAUGCUUACAGAAAGGGAUGGAAGCGUUGGGGUGGGGCUCCUGUUAGAUUGUUCAGUGAUGGAGGCAAGGAGUUCGAGGGCGAGUUUGAACACGGAUUGUCAUUAGAUGGAACGUACGGCGACAUUUCCGCCGCAUAUGCUCCAUGGCAGAACGGCACAGCAGAGCGCAAAGGUGAUGUUUGGAAGACGGCAUAUGCUAAAUGCUCCAUGGCAGAGGCCCAGGAGCUCAUCGAUCAGAUCAACAACGCUGUGAAUAGCAUGUCCCGUAAGGAUGGGUAUUCGCCACAUCAGCAUGUUUUCGGAAGGGACAUUCGGAUUCCGGGUAUGAUCACUUCGGAUCCCGACCCUGUGGUGAACUCAUCGCUUGCACAGGGUGAGUCCGUGUUUGAGCGCCGAAUGAACAUUCGAACAGCGGCGCGAAAGGCUUUUCUUGAGGCCGACGGAGAAGCCAUGGUUCGACUCUUGCCAGAAGACAUGAUACAUGUGAGGGAUAACGUGAGUGCUCGGGGUGCUGGAAAUUAUCACGAUUUGAGUAACUUGGAAGUUCCACCGGGUACCGAUUCUACCGAUGGUCAGCCGGAGUUGAAGCCGUUGGAAUCUGAGUUGCCAGUUGAGAGGGCGUGCCUUGGUGACCGUUGUCGCGUGGUUGCCUUUGUUCGAGAUGGAGGCAAGGUCGCCCAUGAGUAUGAUUGGCGCGGUACAAUGCAAUCGUGCAAUGAAAUCAAGGGACUAUGGACGGGCACAACGGAGUUUGAUCUUGUGCAUGAUUGGCGUUGGAAUCCCAAGCAGCUUGAGUGUUUCGAAGUGAAGGCGAAGAAAGGCCGCAAGGAGCUUCAUGAAUCAGAAGUUGCAGCGGAUCGAAAACCAGGUUUAGAUGCCGCAAAGACGAAAGAAUGGAAAAAGUUGGUGAGCAGCGGCGCUAUUGUUGUGCAUGACGGUCGUAAGGCACGGAGGUUACGCGAAUCAGUGGAAAAGAAGAGAAUCCUGAAGUCACGGUUCGUCAUCACGGAGGCCGACCAAGGUUCAAGUCCACAAACACAGGAUAUCAAGGCGCGCUGGUGCAUUCGUGGUUACCUUGACCCGGAUCUGUUGGAACUUGAUACAAGUGCACCGACUUUGACGAUGGAAGGGUUUGCGAUUGCCAUGCAGUUGAUAGCGUCCAACGGUUGGUCGUUGAACAUUGCAGAUGUUGAGGGUGCUUUCCUGCGUGGAGAUUCGUUGAGCCCGAGCCGUGGAAGGUUGUUCAUUGAUCCACCCCCAGGAGGGGUACCAGGUCUCUCAGAAGGAUGCUUGAUCGAGGCCGUCAAGACCGUAUACGGUCUUGCAGAUGCGCCAAAGGCAUGGUGGGAAUGCUUUUCAGUCAAGUUGACUUCCUUAGGAAUGCGAGUGUCCAAGUUUGAUCCUUGCUUGUUCUACUACUACGUGAAUAACACUCUGAGCGGGGUUGUGUCAUUGCAUGUGGAUGAUUUGUGCUUAGGAGGCGAUAAACACUUUCACGAACAUGUGAUUAAACCGCUUAAGGAAAUGUUUCCGUUCAAGCAUUGGAAAGUAGGGCAGGGGGAAUUCCUAGGAAAGCAGUUGAAGCAACAGACCGAUGGAAGCAUCAUCAUCAGUCAAGGCGAAUACGCAGCACAGCAGCGUGGUCUGGAAAUCUCACGAGAGCGUAGGCGAGAGAAGAGCGAGAAGAUCAGUGAAGAGGAGCGAGCGCAAAUGCGCGGCGUGUUGGGCAGCAUCAAUUGGCUUGUUACUGGGAGCCGACCUGACUUAGGAGCUUGGUGCUCACUUCUGCAACAAAGGGUUAACGAAGCUACGGUAGCUGACUUGAUUGAAGUGAACAAGCUUGUGAGUCUCACGCAUGACAACUGUAAGGCGCACGCGUGGAUUAAGAGCAUUCCUGUGAGUGAUGUGCAGUUUGUUAUGUUGUCGGACGCAGCAUGGGCUAAUGCUCAAGGUCUGUGCAGUCAAGCUGGUUACUUAAUGCCGCAUGCGAUCAUCGUUUACCUCGUGGUGAAUGGGGCACCUUCUCAGUGCUUCGUUGGAAAAGCUACAAGCAAGACAGGCAGACGCACUCGACCUUAG